AUGAUGCGUACACUGCUGGCAUACUAUGCAGACAUGAUGGCAGCAAGUCGCGGAGCGGGAUGCGCGCGCGACUGCAGCGGACGCGGGGACUGUAUGAACGGGACCUGCCUUUGCGAGAUCCGGUACACGGGAGACGAGUGCGCGGGACAUAAUCUCCCAUACCAUGCGUGUAUUGGAGGGGUGUUCCUAGCAGUGUCGUUCGUGUGUGCGGUGCAAUUGACGCUAUGCAUCGUUACUGAGUACAGGCGAUUAAAAGCUCCGAACUUCCUAAGAGCUUGCAAAGUUACAACACAGAAGAUGCUGUAUCUGGUCGCGUUCCUGGCGUCUCUUAUACGCGGCGCGUACUUUAUUUCCCCUGAAGCAUUCCAAGAAACGUGGGCUACAAGUCUACCAUCUGCCUACUAUCCUCUACUUCUGUCCGGCUCAUCACUUAUCGUCUGCUUCUGGGCUGAGGUGUUCCACCUCCGCGAUGUGCGAUGGGAGAGACAGCGUUUCCUCUCUAAGUCAUUCCUGGCGUUCGUCACCUUCAAUGUGAUCAUCUAUUCACUCCUCUUCGCUGAAGUUCUCACCAUCAACGUGGCUAAUACUUCAAUUGAGAAAAAGAGUUUCUACCAGCACGUGUUCAACGGGUGCUACGCGGUACUUCUCUUCGUAGUGGUUAUUUUCUUCCUGAUCUACGGCGUCGAAGUAUAUUUUAAGCUUCGCGGCGAAUUCUUGCGCGAGACUAAAGUGUGUACAAUCGUAACUACAAGACCUGGUCCCUCUUCAGCCGCUGAUGGUGAUGAUGUGCAGGAUACACUGGUCAAGCAGGGCGUCCAAACGGACCUAGCCGAGGUGGAUGGAACAGUGGACCCACGUUCAGUGAACCACUCCCAAUUGCACCAAUCCCGUUUGGGCCUCAUCAGUCAAGCGCUGAUGCUGAUUCUCAUCGUUGGCUUCCUCGCCUCUGAGACAUUGAGCGAAUUCUGGAAAGCCAAGGUUCCGGUGGUAUCUCGCAAUUGGCACGACCUGGUCUUUCGUUUAGCUGAAAUUGGUGUCACGCUAUGGUUCCCCUGUGUUCUAUGGAACUGUAUGGCACCCGAACAAUUGUGGAUAUUGAACCCGAGACGUCUGCUCGCCAAGCAAUUGGACGAGGCCAGGCUAGCCGAUUUACUAGGACCCGGGAGUAACCAGGACAACAAGAAUGUGGAAACAGACUCCCUCGUUGGUAGCAUCGGUUCUGUCCGUGAUUGCUGGAUUUGUUACGACAGCUCACGAUCGGAUCCCCUGAUCAGACCUUGCCGGUGCACGGGCGAUGUGGCUGCCGUUCAUCAUGAGUGUUUAAAGAGAUGGCUUAUUGAGAGCUACGGCACCCCAGACAGCAUGAAAUGCAAAGUUUGCAACACGCAAUACAAUGUUGAAGAAACUAAUCGGCUACUAUGGGAACGCGGCUUCACGGGUGUCCACUUCCUCCGUAUCACGUUGGCCUUCAUCUGCAUGUCGCUGUCGGGUUUGUUCGCGUGGGGCGUCGUUCAGUUGUACCCGUCGCCCGUCGCACGCAUUCUUGGUACGGGGGGAGCGUUGCUCGUCUGUUAUGUCGCCGCCAAGUACCUGGGUUUCCAUACUCUAACAGCAUAUCGUCGCGCAAGAGUUGCCUCAAUAAGAAUUAUUACCGAACCUUUAGAUGACGCCGAGCCUCAGCUAUGCACCAUCAGCAAGACAGUUACCGUGGAAAUUGCCUCAAAAAAUGUCCUCGAAGAAGCACUUAAGGGUGAGAAAUGA